UGCUGCCAUGACGACCAACAAACCACACUUGGACGAACGACUGACACAGUCGCUCGUAAAUUGGACAAAACAUCACUUUCCACUCGAAAGAAACAAAUGGAGGGCUCGGUGCUGUUGCCAGUGGAGGCCGAGGGGUUCAUUGAAAGUUUGGAGAUCUUUUCCCUCAAAGAUGUGGGCUCAACAAGGUGGUUCAGACAACAUGAGUACAUCGAGAAGCUCAACAUGCAGGCAAUACUGAGUGCUUCUGCCACGCUGGAUGAGUACAUAAAGGAGAUGCUGGUGUCUCAUGGAAAGAUCUCAGUCCUGGUCCAUGAGAUGAUCUUGACUGAAGUCUGGAAGCAAAAAAUAUUCCCCAUUUUAUGCCAACUGCAGGACUUCACACCCAAGAACACGUUUCCUCUUUACAUGGUGAUCCACCAUGAAGCCACCAUCAUCAACUUGCUGGAGACUAUCAUGUUUCACAAGGACUCAUGCGAGUCGAGUGACGACUCCAUUCUCGAUUUGGUGGAUUACUGCCACCGUAAACUCACUCUGCUCGCCGCCAACACUGACAAGGCUAGUGACGUGACGCACAACAAGCACAAGACGACCGGCGAGACCGUUUUAUCCUCUAAAGAGGAGUUGCAAAUUCAAGCUGCUGAGUUGGAAUUCAGUAUUUCCUUGAAGGCUCUGUCCGUGCUACGCUACAUCACUGACCACACUGACAGUAUCAGUGCCAUUAAUCGAAUGCUCUGCACACAUAACGUGCCGUGUUUACUGGUACGCCUGAUCGAGUGCUGCCCAUGGAGUCGCUGCACGGCCGGCAACAUAGAGAAGUACAUGAACGGCAAAUGGCAGAAGAUACCAGAGGAAGACCGCCUGAAGAUGACAAAACUGGACGGGCAGGUCUGGAUUUCGCUGUACAAUCUUCUCCUUAAGGAAGAGUGCCAACGAAAAUAUGACUUCAACAGUUUCAAUAAGAGUCAACUUCUAAAGCUGCGCAGUUUCCUGACUGAGGUAUUGAUCGACCAGCUGCCCAACUUGGCGGAACUCCAGCGCGUCCUGGCUCAUCUGGCGGUUACAGACCCCGAACCCCCGAAGAAGGAACUUGUUUUAGAGCAGAUCCCUGAAAUGUGGAACCACAUCAUGAGGGAGAAUUCCGAUAAGUGGAAGGCCAUCGCCAAAUAUCAAGUCAAACAAACAUUCAACGCCUCUGAAAAAGACCUGAGGCUGCAGGCACAGAGGUUGGCUCAGACGUACAAUUUGGACGUGAUGGAGAGUUUGCUUCCAGAAAAGCCGAAAUGCGGCUGUUGCGGUAAAGAAGCUGCAAAGCGAUGCUCUCGAUGCCAAGGGGAGUGGUACUGUCACAGACAAUGUCAGGUGAAACACUGGCCAAAACACAAGAAGGCCUGUCAGCUCAUGAUGGAGGCCAACAAGAGGACCCAAGAUGACCUGAACUGCAACAACAAAGAGAUCAACAAUAUGAACUGACAAAAAAAAGAGAGUAUAGAACCAGGCCAACCAGGACUUGGAAAAAAAAUUAGACCUGGGACUUGUCCUUUAAAAGUGAUUUCAUCAACUCCAUUUGGUUUAAUAAACCUCUUCGUUUGUCUCGUAA